AUGCCCCCCUCAAUACCCCAACCCUUCAAAGGAGAAUCAAAAGACCCUUUUGCCACGCCUUCCGAGCUGUCGCGCUCAGAACAGCCAAUUUCGGAGAACGAUUCCCAAGAUGCCGGCAUGGAUACUAUCGAAAAGUCGACACAAGACAAGGGCAAGGGGAAGCAGGACAAGGUCCGAGGCAAGGGGCUGACAGAAGGGGAUAAUGAUAUGCCGGACCUGCCAGAAAAUAAUCUGAAAUUGGUCAUGCCCUCACUAGCCCUAGUGAUGUUUCUGGCUGCACUGGAUCAAACAAUCGUGGCGACAGCCCUUCCUACAAUAGCAGAGCAGCUCAACGCGUCGCCGUCCGAGUAUUCAUGGGUAGGAACGUCGUACAUGCUGGCCUCAACCCUCCAGACGCCCAUCAACGGCCGUGUUUCCGACAUCGUCGGACGGAAACCUUUGCUCUACGCUGCAAUCUUGAUCUUUACAGUGUUCAGUGCGCUUUGCGGGGCGGCCAAGACGAGCACUUGGCUCAUUGUGGCUCGAGCAUUCCAGGGUUUGGGGGGAGGUUGUAUCAUCGGCUUGACAUCCAUCAUUGCGUCUGAUAUUGUGCCCUUGGAGAAGAGAGGUGCCUAUCAGGGGUUUCUGGGAGCGUCUUGGGGUGUUGCGAGCGUGUUGGGACCGAUCCUGGGAGGAGUCUUGACCAGUAAAGCCUCAUGGCGAUGGUGUUUUUACAUCAACCUUCCUACCUGUGGCGUCGCCUUGCUCUUCUUGGUUUUCACUUUGAAAUUAAACCCCACUCGCAAAUUGACGCUUGCUGAAUUCCGAGCUUCGUUUGACUUUUUGGGACUGUUGCUCUUGAUGAUGUCGUCCGCCCUCCUCAUUGUCGGUUUCUCCCGAGCAGCCGACUACGGCUUUGACGCGCCAUCGUCUUACGCCAUCAUCAUUGCUGGCGGCGUGAUCUUCAUCUUGGCUGUUCUCAACUUUCUCUUUACUCAACGCAAUGCCAUCAUACCGGCAAGGAUGUUCAAAAACAGAACAACACUGUUCUUCUUGAUUGGGUCGUUGCUCCAUGCCUCGGCUUUCCUUCCCAGCAACUAUCUUUUGCCGCAAAUGUUCCAGGGACUGAGAGGAGACUCGCCUAUCCAAUCCGGUGUACACAUCCUGCCUUAUUCGAUUGUGGUAGCGUGGAUGACCGUCGUCACUGGACAAAUCAACUCUCGCCUCCGAAUAAUGCGCCCCACUGCCUGGGUGGGCUAUGCUUUUGCUGCGCUCGGAUAUGGUCUAUUUUACAAAUUCUACACCUCUACUGCCUCUUACGCCACGCAAGAAGGCUUACUUGUCCUUGCCGCCGUGGGCAUUGGAUCUAGUCUGCAGUCGCCCAUGUUGAUUCUGCAAGCGGCGAUGCCGUUGAAGGAAAUGGCAGCUGCUACCAGUGCUUGGUCUUUGACAAGAAUGAUGGGUGGAAGUAUCGGGCUUGCCGUCUUUACGGCUAUCCUGAAUACCGAGAUGCGCUCGAAAUUCAAAAAGAUUGAUGGCUAUGGCACCGAAUUCACCGUCCCCGAAUCGGCAUCUGGUUACUCUGCCCUCCAGGAGCUGCCUGAUGGAAGCAUGAAAGAACAAGUGAUGGCUGCAUUUGCAGAUUCAUUCAGACUGUGCUGGAUCAUCGGAUGCGCGUUCUUCUUGGUCGCGCUUGCACUGACACUGUGGACGAGGUCGUACAGUACUAGGAGAGGCCAGGUCACGCAGGUCGUACCGAUUGCGGGCGAUGAAACUGCUCUUCCUACAGAUGUGGAUGUAGAAGCGCAAGGGGACAAGGUGACGAGUGGCCCAGGGCUUGCUACCCGAUCGUUGACAAACCUAGAGAAAUAA